AUGUCUGAUUCAGAAGAAGAUUUGGGUAUACAGUUAAAAGGCUUGAAGAUAGCAAGGCACUUGAAGGAUUCAGAAGAGCAUACUAGUGAGGAACCGGAAGCAGGUUCGGAACAUGAUUGCGGCUCGUUUGACCAAGAUGAUUUAACUGUUAUGCAUACACAUGUCAAAGAAGAACUUUAUAAGCAGAAAAAAGGGGAGGAAGCACGCAAUAAGGAUUCAUUUCAUGAGGAAGGAGCGGGAAAUGCGGAUACGAGUUUUUCCUCAUUGCACUCAGAAGCCCAUGAAGAAGAUAGCGGCGUUAAUCAGAGCAAAGAUCUUCGUCUGCAGGAUCCCUUCAAAUCGGUACAGGAUCCCAAUUGUUUGUCAAGUACGAAGUCGAAAGGCUGCUCUGAUUCCGACUCGGAUUCCGAUGAUGGAGGAUGGCAAGAGAUGCCCGCCAUAUCGUCGUUCAAUAUAUAUAAUCAUAGAGGUGAACUAGAGUUGACCUCCAAGGUCAGAAAUCGAGAACUGCCUUCAGACUCACCUCCCAUAGUUCCUUCGGUGAACAACCACAAAAGUGCCAAUGACUCAAGAUUCGAUUAUACGAAAAUGGCCGCAGAGCAGCAAGCUCAGCGAUCCUAUCGUACAAAUAAAAAGACAGAUUUCCUGUUCCACCAUAAAGUUUUGAAAAAGAAAAUUAAUAAUUCGCAAACCUCCAUAAAUCUAACCCCUUCCCCUUCAACUACCUCUUUAAACAAUGAAAAUAAUAGCGAUGAUGGGGAUGAUUCUUAUGACGAAUAUGAGGAUGAUGUGGAACCGGUAAACGACUUGAAUCGGGACUCGCAGUUAAACAUAACGAAAAACCUAUUAUCUGAUAUGGAGAAGUUUGCCUAUAUAGGUGCAAUAAACAUUUUGGCAAAUCAAAUGUGUACUAAUUUGGCGACGUUGUGUCUCUGUAUUGACAUCAAAUCCCAUAAAAAAUUGGCACAUCGGCUACAGUUUACCCAAAAAGACAUGGCUGCGUGGAAAACCGUCGUACUAUCAAGGCUAUAUGACCAUUUAGGUAUAUCUCCAGAAGAAAUCGUAAUGAUUGAGAAACUUUCUCUGCACAAAAUCCAACUAGAAGAUUUGUGUAAGUGUUUAAAAACCACUCAGAGCAUUGAUAAUCCAUGGGAGAAUGAUGCGGGCCACAACAGAAGUGCUCCGGAUAAAACAACCAAUGACGAAUGUCCCAAUGAACAAAAUGGUACGGCACAACCCAGUACAUCUAAACUAGAGCAACAAUCCCAAACAUCUGAGAUAUCGAAAGCAAGAGAAUCUACAUUAUCUUUGGAGGUUCCAUCAAAGGUUCUUGACCCGGAAAAUGUAAAGAACCAGGAUAGAUUAAAUAUUGAUGUAGCAUGGACUAUUAUAUGUGACCUUUUCCUAAUAUGCUUACAGUCUUCCACUUAUGAUUCAAGAUCAAGGACUUUGUUAAUCAACUUCGCAAAAGUUUUGAAUAUGACAAGUCUGGAGAUUUGUGAAUUUGAAAGACGAGUAACAGAUUCUUUGGAUAUGGAGCAAUCUACAGAGGACCAAGUAUGGGAUGAACAAGAUCACAUGAAAAAUAGAAGGAAAAGUAAGAGAAGAAAGAAAAUGGCAUAUGUUGCACUGGCUAUGGUAGGUGGUUCUUUGGUCCUUGGACUAAGUGGCGGUUUACUAGCACCCGUUAUCGGUGGAGGGAUUGCUGCUGGUUUAUCAACGAUAGGCAUAACUGGUGCUACUAGUUUUUUAACUGGUGUGGGUGGUACUACCGUGGUUGCCGUUUCAAGUACUGCUAUUGGUGCUAACAUUGGUGCGAGAGGUAUGUCAAAGAGGAUGGGGAGUGUGCGAACCUUUGAGUUCAGACCGUUGCAUAAUAAUAGGAGAGUUAAUCUGAUACUAACAGUGUCAGGUUGGAUGGUUGGUAACGAAGAUGAUGUUAGAUUACCAUUUUCUACGGUAGAUCCUGUUGAAGGUGAUUUAUACUCGUUAUAUUGGGAACCGGAGAUGUUAAAGUCUAUUGGUCAAACGGUUAGUAUUGUGGCUACCGAAAUCUUCACUACCUCACUUCAGCAAAUUUUGGGUGCCACCGUUUUAACAGCAUUGAUCAGUUCUAUUCAAUGGCCAAUGGCUUUGUCAAAACUAGGCUAUAUUUUAGAUAACCCAUGGAAUGUUUCUCUGGACAGAGCUUGGUCAGCAGGCAAAAUUCUCGCAGAUACUCUCAUUGCAAGGAAUUUGGGUGCUCGCCCAAUUACACUAGUUGGCUUUUCGAUAGGAGCUAGAGUUAUUUUUUCUUGUUUAAUCGAAUUGUGCAAGAAAAGGGCUUUAGGUUUGAUUGAGAAUGUUUACCUUUUUGGUACGCCGGCUGUCAUGAAAAAGGAACAACUCGUCAUGGCAAGGUCUGUAGUCAGUGGGAGGUUUGUAAACGGUUAUUCGGAUAAGGAUUGGUUCUUGGCAUAUUUAUUUAGAGCUGCUGCUGGGGGAUUUAGCGCUGUUAUGGGAAUUUCUACAAUAGAAGACGUUGAAGGUUUUGAAAAUGUUAAUUGCACAGAAUUUGUUGAUGGUCAUUUAAAUUAUCGUAAAAGCAUGCCCAAAUUAUUGAAAAGAAUUGGUAUUGCAGUUUUAAGCGAGGAGUUUGUUGAGAUAGAAGAGAUGAUGAACCCCGAAGAAGUGAAAAGAAAAAGGAAGUUAAUAAAUGAUGUUGAUGCAGCACAAAAAAAACUGAAUCAAAGAAAAAAGCAUAACAGUUGGGUACCCAAAUGGUUGAAACCAAAGAAGUCCAAAUGGAAAGUUAUGGUUGAAGAAGCUGUCGAGGAGGGAAGGGACAUGCAGGAUUCACCAGAAAACGUCGUCAAUAACAAUGAGAAUGAAAUCCCAGAUGAACAGGAAGGGACAAAUAAUCCAAAACGUAAAGAUGCUGCUCUUGUAGAUCAUGGGGCGUUGAUGCAUGAAUUACAGCUAAUAAAACAAGCGAUGCAUGAGGAAGAAUUAAAGAAUAAAGCAUGUUUGGCUGGAGAAAUGAAGAAAGUUGAAACAUCCACCGAAUCUUCAGCGGAGCGACAGCUCAAAUUACCUUCCACACCAAAUAUGAAUCCACCACAAAGUCCUAAUAACUUUCAAUUAUUAAGCGCGGGAAGAACUAUUCUUCCAGAGGAUGAUGAUAUGGAUUCCCGAGGGAGAAGGAAAAUGGAAUUUUCAUUCCCGGAUGAUAUCUGA